CGCGCGAGUGAGUGGCGAUCCCCGAGCUGAGCGCAGGCGCGCGCGGCGACUCCGCGAACUCGAGCGGCGAUGGGACGCCUGUGGCUUUGGGGGACCUGGGGCUUCUGGGGGCUGCUCCUGUGCGCCGCGGACCCCCGCACAGAUGGCUCUAAAAUAAUUCCCAAAGUCACAGAAAUAAUACCUAAAUAUGGCAGCAUAAAUGGAGCAACAAGACUGACUAUCAAAGGAGAAGGUUUUGCUCAAGCAAACCAGUUUAACUAUGGAGUUGAUGAUGCUGAGUUGGGGAACACUGUACAAUUAGUUUCUUCUUUUCGAUCCAUUUCUUGUGAUGUAGAAAAAGAUGCAAGUCAUUCAACUCACAUUACAUGCUAUACUAGAGCAAUGCCAGAAGAUUCCUACACUGUUCGAGUCAGUGUGGACGGGGUUCCUGUUACAGAAAAUAAUACCUGCAGAGGUCUCAUCCACAGCCGAGCGUGCAGCUUCUACGCAAAAGGUUUCAGAACUCCAACAAUAAGGAGCAUCACACCUUUAUCUGGGACUCCAGGUACACUAAUAACAAUCCAAGGCAGAAUCUUCACUGAUGUCUAUGGAAGUAAUACUGCACUAAGCUCAAAUGGGAAAAAUGUUAGGAUUUUGAGAGUGUAUAUUGGAGGAAUGCCCUGUGAGCUUCUUAUACCACAGUCUGAUGAUUUGUAUGGUUUAAAACUAGAUCAUCCAAGUGGAGACAUGGGUUCUAUGAUUUGUAAGACGACUGGAACUUACAUUGGUCAUCACAAUGUCAGUUUCAUCUUGGAUAGUGAUUAUGGAAGGAGUUUCCCAGAAAAAAUGGCAUAUUUUGUUUCCUCUCUGAAUAAAAUUUCAAUGUUUCAAACAUAUGCAGAGAUCACUAUGAUUUCACCUUCACAAGGAAGCAUUCAAGGUGGCACCACGCUAACAAUAAGUGGACGGUUCUUUGAUCAAACAGAUUUCCCAGUGAGAGUUCUAGUUGGAGGUGAAGCCUGUGAUGUUUUGAAUGUCACAGAAAAUACUAUAUGUUGCAAGACAUCCCCUAAGCCUGAUAUUCUCAGAACUGUACAUCCAGGUGGGAGAGGUCUUAAGCUUGAGGUAUGGAAUAAUAGUCGGCCAGUGCAUCUUGAAGAGAUACUUGAAUACACUGAAAAGACGCCAGGCUACAUGGGUGCCAGUUGGGUAGAUUCAGCUUCCUAUAUUUGGCCCGUGGAGCAAGACACAUUUGUAGCACGCUUCAGUGGAUUUUUGGUGGCUCCGGAUUCUGAUGUUUAUAGAUUCUACAUCAAAGGUGAUGACCGCUAUGCAAUUUAUUUCAGCCAGACUGGGCUUCCAGAAGAUAAGAUAAGGAUUGCAUAUCAUUCUUCCAAUGCCAACAGCUAUUUUUCCAGUCCAACACAAAGAUCCGAUGACAUUCAUCUUCAGAAAGGAAAAGAAUAUUACAUUGAAAUCUUGCUACAGGAGUAUAGACUGAGUGCUUUUGUUGAUGUUGGACUGUACCAGUAUGGAAAUGUCUACACCGAACAACAAACAGAAGAUGCAGUGAACGAAGAACAAGUUAUUCAAUCCCAGUCAGCAAUUGUCCAGGAAGUUCAGGUUAUAACAUUGGAAAACUGGGAAACAACUAAUGCCAUCAAGGAAGUUCAGAGGAUCACGGUAACCAGCCCAUGUAUAGAAGUCGGUUCCUGCUCCCUUUACCAAUAUAGAUUAACUUACAACAUGGAAAAAACAGCCUUGCUACCUGCUGAUGCUUCUGACCUCAUACUGCAGUCAGCCCUAAAUGACCUCUGGUCUUUAAAACCGGAUACAGUUCAAGUAACAAGAACGCAAAAUCCCCAAAGUUAUGUUUACACGGUAACCUUUAUAUCAACUAGAGGCAAUCAUUAUUUCCCCAUUCAUUUUCAGGCAGCAGUGGAAGAGAUGGUUAGCGCUAAGUGUCCACCGCAAAUUGCAGAUUUGGAAGAAGGAUUUGUUGUGAAAUACUUCAGAGAUUACGAAACUGAUUUUAACAUGGAUCACAUUAAUAGAGGGCAGAAGACAGCUGAAACUGAUGCUUACUGUGGUCGUUAUUCCCUGAAAAACCCAGCUGUUCUUUUCGACUCAGCAGAUGUUAAACCAAACAGACUACCAUAUGGAGACAUUUCUUUAUUUCCUUAUAAUCAGUUAUGUUUAGCACACAAAGGAUUCCUGGCAAAUUAUAUUGGUCUAAAAUUUCAAUACCAAGACAAAAGCAAGAUUACUAGAAGCACUGAUGUACUAUUUACAUAUAGUUUUGCUUAUGGAAACAGCUGGACAUACACGUGCAUAGACCUUCUGGACCUCAUACAAACCAAAUACACUGGGACUAAUUUUUCUCUUCAGAGGAUUAGUGUGCAGAAAGCAUCAGAAUCACAGUCCUUUUAUGUGGAUAUAGUAUACAUUGGACAGACACCUACAAUUUCAAUCUGGGAUGAAAUGCCAACGAGAAGACUCCCAGCAUUAGCAAACAAAGGGAUAUUUCUAAAGCACUUUCAGGUGAAUCAGACCAAAAGCAAUGGGUCAAGUGUGACGAGCCAGUAUUCUGUCACCAUGACGUCAUAUAACUGCAGUUACAAUAUACCCAUGAUGGCUGUCAGUUUUGGGCAGGUAAUCACCAACGAGACAGAGAAUGAGUCUGUUUACAGAGGAAGCAAUUGGCCAGGGGAGUCAAGGAUCCGUAUUCAAAGAAUUCAAGCAGCGUCUGCACCUCUCAGUGGCAGCUUUGACAUUCAAGCUUAUGGACAUAUUCUCAAAGGCCUCCCCGCGGCGGUGUCGGCCGCAGAUCUGCAGUUUGCUCUCCAGAGCCUGGAAGGAGUGGGGCGAGUCUCCGUUACACGCGAGGGAACCUGUGCUGGAUACUCAUGGAACAUCAAGUGGAGAAGCGCAUGUGGGAAGCAGGCGCUGCUACAGGUUAAUGAUUCCAACAUUAUUGGAGAAAUGGCUAAUAUGACAGUUACGAAGGUCAAGGAAGGUGGCUUAUUCAGACAACGCAUACUUGGAGACCUACUUCGUACCCCCAGCCAACAGCCACAGGUUGAAGUCUCUGUUAAUGGAAUUCCUGCUAAAUGUUCAGGUGACUGUGGGUUUACAUGGGAUCCCAUGACAACUCCCAUAAUCCGGACCAUAAGCCCUUCCAAAGGGUCCUCUGAAGAAGGAACAAUUCUAACCAUAUCAGGUUCUGGAUUCUCUCCUAGUUCAGCUGUUUCCAUCUCAGUUGGACCAAUAGGUUGCUCCCUUCUUUCUGUGAAUGAAAAUGAGAUCAAGUGCCAGAUCCUGAAUGGAAGUGCUGGGCACUUCCCAGUUUCUGUGUCCAUAGCUGACGUUGGACUAGCACGGCACGUAGAGGACAAGGAAUUCCACUUCAUGUAUCAGAGUCAGAUCGCACACAUCUGGCCUGUUUCUGGGAGCUUAGCAGGUGGUAAUCGUCUGACUCUAUCUGGAACUGGCUUUAAUGAAAAUUCAAGGGUAUUAGUUGGAAACGAAACCUGCAAUGUGAUUGAUGGGGAUUUGAAUAAGAUAACCUGCAGAACCCCAAAAACAGGAGAAAGAAAUUUAACAAUUAAGGGUUAUAACUUUGGAACUGACCUCACACAAAGCGUGGAGGUGUAUGUGGGAGGAAAGCCCUGCCAGAUUCUUCACUGGAACCUCACUGAAAUCAGAUGCCUUUUGCCCACGUUGUCUCCUGGGAAACAUGAUAUCCAUGUAGAAGUCAGAAACUGGGGGUUUGCUUCCACGAGAGACAAGUUAAAUGCUUCUAUACAGUAUAUUUUGGAAGUGAACAAUAUGUUUCCACAGAGAGGUUCCUUAUAUGGGGGAACUGAAAUCACUAUAAUGGGCUUGGGAUUUAGCACAAUACCCACUGAGAACACCGUGCUCUUAGGGUCCUUCCCUUGCAGUGUGACAUCAUCAACAUCGGAUGUCAUAAAAUGUACUCUUCCUUCAACAGGGAAUGUAUUCAGGAUUACCAAUGAUGGGGAAGAUUCAGUACAUGGGUUAGGUUAUGCCUGGUCACCAUCAGUCUUAAAUGUAUCUGUGGGAGACACUGUGACAUGGCAUUGGCAAGCACAUCCAUUUCUUACGGGAAUAGGAUAUAGAGUUUUCUCUGUCUCCAGUCCUGGAAGUGUAACUUAUGAUGGCAAAGGAUUUAUGAAUGGAAGAGAAAAAUCCGCAUCAGGUUCAUUUUCUUACCAAUUUACUUCACCUGGAAUCCGUUAUUAUAGCAGCGGGUAUGUUGAUGAGGCCCACUCCAUUGUUCUCCAAGGAGUUGUUAACGUUCUACCAGCUGAAAGCAGGCACAUUCGCCUGCAUCUGUCUGUGGGCAGCACCGAAGCCACAUACACUCAGGGAGAACCUGUGAAUUUGCACGUGGGAAGCUCUGUGACAGGCUGCCUAGCAACAGAACCCCUGUGUGGCCUGAACAAUACCGGGUCCCCCAAAUCAACUUUAUGCAUAAAAAUGUGCACUUCAGUAAUUUUUAAAAAUCAAGUUGCUGGCAAUACAAAAUUUAACUUUGUAUUAGAGAAAUGUAUUGACCUAUUUUCAUAUUCAUUUUAUUUUCAGGUUACAAUUGGUAGCUAUCCCUGUGUUGUAGAAGAAAGUAGUGCCAAUUCCAUUGUAUGUCAUAUUGACCCUCAAAACUCAAUGGAUGUUGGCAUCAGGGAAAUUGUCACUCUAACUGUCUACAACCUGGGCAUUGCUAUCAACACCCUGCCCAAUGAAUUUGAUAGGCGAUUUGUACUUUUGCCAAACAUCGAUAUGGUGUUGCCAAAGGCCGGAUCAACUACAGGAAUGACAAAGGUGACCAUAAAAGGCUCUGGAUUCUCAGUUUCUUCUGCAGCUGUCGAGGUCCGUAUGGGCCGUUUUCCGUGUGAAGUUCUAUCAGUGAAUUAUACAACCAUUGAAUGUGCAACAUCUCCUGCUCCCCACCAGCUUGUGACAGUACAGCUUCUAAUCCAUGGAGUGCCUGCCCAGUGUCAGGGGAACUGCAGCUUUUCCUACUCAGAAAGCAUCGCUGCUUUUAUCACAAGCAUCUCCCCAAAUUCUCUCACGGGAUCUGUAACAGCCCUUAUUGAAGGAGAAGGUUUUGGCACUAUCUUAGAGGACAUUGCUGUUUUCAUUGGAAACCAACAGUUCAGAGCGGUAGAUGUCACUGACAAUAGCAUCACUGUUCUUGUGACUCCUCUCCCGGCUGGACUUCAUCCUGUUAGUGUUGUGGUGGGAAGUAAGGGCCUGGCCCUGGGAAACCUGAGUGUUAGCAGCCCCGCAGUGGCAUCUGUCACGCCGGCUUCUGGAAGCAUUGGUGGUGGAACUACUUUGGCGAUCACAGGAAAUGGCUUCUAUCCAGGCAACACCACUGUCACUGUUGGGGAUGAAUCUUGUCAGAUUAUUUCUGUCAAUGCCAGUGAAGUCUACUGCCGCACCCCAGCAGGAGCAGCUGGACGGGUCAACGUGAAGAUCUUUGUUAAUGCAGUCGCUUACCCACCGCUGUCGUUUACGUAUGCCUGGGAGGACACGCCACUCCUCAGAGAGAUUGUUCCAAGCACAGGCCCACCAGGAACCAAAAUUCAGAUCACUGGAUCAAAUUUUGGUAUUGAUAUCUUGGAAAUUUCAGUGGUUAUAAAUAAUAUUCAGUGUAAUGUAACCAUGGUCAGUGACAGUGUAUUGCAAUGCAUCGUUGGAGAUCACGCUGGUGGCACGUUUCCUGUUAUGAUGCAUCAUGCGACAAAAGGCUCUGCUGUGUCCACGCUUGUAUUUGAGUAUCCACUUACCAUUCACAAUAUUCAGCCGACCCAAGGGAGCUUCGGUGGUGGUCAGACGAUGACUGUGACAGGCACCGGGUUUAAUCCACAAAAUUCCGAAAUAUUAGUGUGUGGCUCAGAAUGUGCAGUUGAUAGGCUUAAAUCUGAUUAUACAACAUUGUUAUGUGAAAUUCCACCUAAUAAUGGCAGGGGACCUGAGCAAGCCUGUGAAGUGAGUGUGGUCAAUGGGAAGGAUUUGUCACAGUCCACAACUCCUUUCACGUACACCAUGUCACUGACUCCGCUCAUCAUCAAAAUAGCUCCCGAGAGAGGCAGUACAGCAGGGGGCACCAGACUUACAGUCAUGGGAUCAGGCUUCAGUGAAAAUACACCGGAUGUUCGUGUCACCAUAGCUGAAACCAAAUGUGAUGUUGAGUAUUCCAACGAGACAUGUGUCAUCUGCAUGACAAAUGCCCACACUCCUUCAGGGUGGGCUCCCGUGCGCAUCACCGUGGGAAGCAUGGGGAUGGCCAAACGGGUGAGAAUGCAGCUGGGUGUUGUAACCACAGCGAUAGAAAAACUAGCCUGUGGGAUACUCCUAGGUGGAACUCUAAUAUUUGAUGAAGCUGACAUUGAACUCCAGGCAGAAAAUAUUCUAAUUACAGAUGGAGGCAUCCUUCAGAUUGGGACGGAAGCAUCCCCCUUUCAACACAAGGCGGUCAUCACCUUGCACGGGCACCUGCGGUCUCCUGAGCUCCCCGUGUAUGGGGCCAAGACGCUGGCGGUGCGCGAGGGAGUCCUGGAUCUGCAUGGUCUUCCUGUCCCCGUGGUCUGGACCCGUUUGGCUCAUACUGCACAGGCAGGGGAAAGGACUCUGAUUUUACAAGAAGCAGUAACAUGGAAACCAGGAGAUAAGAUUGUGGUUGCAAGCACAGGACACAGACACAGUCAAAGAGAGAAUGAAGAAAGGACCAUCGAAUUUGUGUCUGCUGAUGGCAUAAGCAUAACGCUGACUCACCCGCUGAAUUACACACACUUAGGAAUCACUGUCCCCCUUCCUGAUGGAACUCUGUUUGAAGCAAGGGCAGAAGUUGGAAUUCUCACAAGAAAUAUUUUAAUAAGAGGAUCUGAUAAUGUGGAGUGGCAUCACAAAAUUCCAGCAUGUCCUGAUGGAUUUGAUACAGGUGAAUUUGCUACACAGACAUGUCUCCAAGGAAAGUUUGGAGAAGAAAUAGGAAGUGAUCAAUUUGGAGGCUGCAUUAUGUUUCAUGCUCCUGUACCUGGUGCUAACAUGGUAACUGGAAGAAUAGAAUAUGUAGAGGUGUUCCAUGCUGGCCAGGCUUUUCGGUUGGGGAGAUACCCAAUACAUUGGCACCUGCUGGGAGAUUUACAGUUUAAAUCUUAUGUCAGAGGCUGCGCAAUUCACCAGACAUACAACAGAGCUGUUACUAUCCAUAACACUCAUCACCUGCUGGUUGAGAGGAAUAUCAUAUAUGAUAUCAAAGGAGGAGCAUUUUUUAUAGAAGAUGGUAUUGAACAUGGCAAUAUCCUGCAGUAUAACUUGGCAGUAUUUGUACAGCAAAGUACCAGUCUUCUGAAUGAUGAUGUGACCCCAGCUGCAUUUUGGGUAACCAACCCAAACAACACCAUUCGGCACAAUGCAGCUGCCGGGGGCACUCACUUUGGCUUCUGGUACCGAAUGAAUGACCACCCUGAUGGGCCAUCCUAUGACCGAAACAUCUGCCAAAAAAGAAUUCCUCUUGGCGAAUUCUUUAACAACACUGUUCAUUCUCAAGGUUGGUUUGGAAUAUGGAUCUUUGAAGAAUAUUUCCCCAUGCAGACAGGAUCUUGUUCUUCUACAGUGCCAGUGCCUGCAAUAUUUAAUUCACUGACUACUUGGAAUUGUCAAAAAGGAGCUGAAUGGGUCAAUGGAGGUGCCCUUCAGUUCCAUAACUUUGUGGUGGUAAAUAAUUAUGAGUCUGGAAUCGAGACCAAGAGGAUCCUGGGUGCUUAUACUGGAGGAUGGGGUGAAACCAAUGGGGCGGUGAUUAAAAAUGCCAAGAUAGUUGGCCAUCUUGAUGAAUUGGGAAUGGGACCUGCAUUUUGUACAACGAGAGGCCUGGUUCUCCCAUUUAGCGAAGGCUUGACUGUGUCUUCCGUACACUUCAUGAACUUUGACCGUCCCAACUGUGUAGCUUUGGGAGUGACAUCCAUCACUGGAGUUUGUAAUGAGAGAUGUGGAGGUUGGAGUGCAAAAUUUGUUGACAUCCGCUAUUUUCACACACCAAACAAGGCUGGCUUUCGAUGGGAACAUGAAGUGGUACUGAUUGAUGUCGAUGGCUCACUCACAGGUCACAAAGGACACACUGUCAUUCCACACAGCUCAUUGCUGGACCCUUCUCACUGCGCUCAGGAAGCCGAGUGGAGCGUAGGGUUCCCUGGGUCUGUCUGUGAUGCCUCAGUCAGCUUCCACCGUUUAGCGUUCAACAAGCCUUCUCCGGUAUCUCUGCUUGAAAAGGAUGUGGUUCUCUCAGACUCUUUUGGCACAAGCAUUGUUCCCUUUCGGAAGAAAAGACUGACUCAUAUGUCUGGAUGGAUGGCUCUGAUUCCAAAUGCAAAGCACAUUAACUGGUACUUUAAAGGUGUGGAUCACAUAACCAACAUAUCAUACACAUCAACAUUCUAUGGAUUUAAGGAAGAAGACUAUGUCAUUAUAUCUCAUAACUUCACUCAAAAUCCUGAUAUGUUUAAUGUUAUUGAUAUGAGGAAUGGCUCCUCAAAUCCCUUGAGCUGGAAUACCAGCAAGAAUGGAGACUGGCACCUUGAAGCAAACACUAGUACUCUGUAUUACUUGGUGUCGGGGAGAAAUGACCUUCCUCAAAGCCAGCCCGUGUCUGGGAACCUGGAUCCUGAUGUGAAAGAUGUUAUUAUUAAUUUCCAAGCUUACUGCUGCAUUCUCCAGGAUUGCUUUCCUGUACAUCCGCCAUCAAGAAAUCCAAUUCCCAGGAAGCGACCAGCCACAUACAACUUGUGGUCAAAUGAUUCUUUUUGGCAAUCAUCCCGGGAAAAUAAUUAUACCAUACCUCACCCAGGAGCAAAUGUGGUUAUCCCUGAAGGAACAUGGGUUGUAGCAGACAUAGAUAUCCCACCACUGGAAAGGCUCAUUAUUUGGGGGGUUCUGGAACUGGAAGAUAAAUAUAAUGUGGAAGCUGCAGAGUCUUCUUACAGAAAAGUUGUUUUGAAUGCUACCUACAUAUCACUGCAGGGAGGUAGAUUAAUUGGUGGCUGGGAAGAUAACCCUUUUAAAGGAGAAUUACAGAUUGUUCUCAGAGGAAAUCAUUCUACUCCAGAGUGGGCUUUUCCAGAAGGACCAAAUCAAGGAUCAAAGGUCUUAGGGGUGUUUGGUGAGCUGGAACUUCAUGGACUUCCACGUUCCAUAUAUAGAACUAAACUCUCAGAAACCGCAGAGGCGGGUUCCAGGGUCCUGUCUCUGACGGAUGCUGUGGAUUGGCAGGAGGGAGAAGAGAUUGUGAUAACAACCACGAGUUAUGAUAUCCACCAGACAGAAACCAGAAGCAUCGUGAAAAUCCUGCAUGGUCACAAAAUUCUCAUUCUCAAUGAUCCCCUGUCCUACACUCACCUUGGUGAAAGAUACCAAGUUCCUGGAACAGGUCAGAGCUACACAUUAGCAGCUGAUGUUGGGAUACUGAGCAGGAACAUCAAAAUACUUGGUGAAGACUACCCAGGUUGGUUCCAAGAAUCAUUUGGUGCACGUGUCCUGAUCAGCUCAUUCACUGAAAAUAUGAUGACUUUUAAAGGAAAUGCAAGGAUAAGUGAUGUGGAAUUUUAUCACAGCGGCCAGGAAGGCUUCAGGGACAGCACGGACCCACGGUAUGCUGUCACGUUUCUUAACCUAGGACAGAUUCUAGAUCGUGGCUCAUCUUACAUUCGAGGCUGUGCUUUUCACCAUGGCUUUUCCCCAGCGAUCGGUGUGUUUGGGACAGGUGGACUGGACAUAGAUGAUAACAUCAUUCACUUUACAGUGGGGGAAGGCAUAAGAAUAUGGGGGGAUGCCAACAGAGUCCGAGGAAACUUGGUUGCACUUUCGGUUUGGCCAGGCACCUAUCAGAACAGAAAAGAUUUAAGUUCAACUCUCUGGCAUGCAGCAAUUGAGAUAAAUAGAGGGACCAAUACAGUCUUACAGAAUAACGUUGUGGCUGGAUUUGGAAGGGCGGGAUACCGCAUUGACGGGGAACCUUGCUCAAGUCUGUCUAACCGCCUGGACAAGUGGUCUGACAAUGAGGCCCAUGGGGGUUUAUAUGGCAUCUACAUGAACCAGGACGGCCUUCCUGGGUGUUCUCUCAUACGGGGAUUUACCAUUUGGAUGUGCUGGGAUUAUGGAAUUUAUUUUCAGACCACAGAGAGCGUGUAUAUCCAUAAUGUGACCCUGGUUGAUAAUGGAAUGGCCAUUUCUUCAAUGAUUUAUAUGCCAGCUGCCAUAUCUCACCAAAUUUCCAAUAAAACAGUGCAAAUUAAGAGCUCAUUAAUUGUUGGAAGUAGCCCUGAAUUCAAUUGCUCUGAUCUCCUAACAAAUGAUGAUCCCAAUAUUGAACUUUCUGCUGCCCAUCGGAGUUCUAGACCUCCACCAGGAGGGAGAAGCGGGAUUUGUUGGCCCACCUUUGCUUCAGCACAUAACAUGGCACCCCGGAAGCCUCACGCGGGGAUCAUGAGUUACAACGCCAUCAGUGGCCUUUUGGAAGUUUCAGGUUCAACAUUUGUUGGAUUCAAGAAUGUUUGUUCGGGUGAAACUAAUGUGAUAUUCAUGACUAACCCUUUAAAUGAGGAUUUACAGCAUCCAAUCCAUGUGAAGAACAUACAGCUGGUUGACACUGUUGAAAAAGCAAAAAUAUUUAUACAUAGGCCUGAUAUAAGGAAGGUGAAUCCAUCUGAUUGUGUAGACAUGGUUUGUGAUGCCAAAAGAAAAUCUUUUCUCAGAGAUUUGGAUGGCUCCUUUCUGGGGAAUUCUGGUUCAGUAAUACCUCAAUCAGAAUAUGAAUGGAAUGGAAAUAGCCAAUUUGGAAUUGGAGACUACAGAAUUCCAAAGGUUAUGCUCACAUUCCCAAAUGGAAGUAGAAUUCCUGUCACUGAGAAAGCACCUUAUAAAGGAAUUAUUAGAGAUUCAACCUGUAGAUACAUUCCAGAAUGGCAGAGCUAUCGGUGCUUUGGGCUGGAAUAUGCAAUGAUGGUCAUUGAAAGCCUGGAUUCUGACACAGAAACUCGAAGACUCUCACCUGUGGCUAUAGUGACCAGUGGUUAUGUAGAUCUCAUUAAUGGCCCACAGGAUCAUGGUUGGUGUGCCGGAUACUCCUGCCAGAGGAGACUGUCCCUGUUUCACAGCAUCGUGGCCCUGAACAAAUCUUACGAAGUGUACUUCACUGGCACCAGUCCUCAGAAUCUUCGACUGAUGUUGCUUAACGUGAAGCAUGACAAGGCUGUUCUGGUAGGAAUUUUUUUUUCCACACUGCAGCGUUUGGAUGUCUAUGUGAACAAUGCAUUGGUCUGCCCCAAAGAUACAGUAUGGAACCCCCAACAGAAACACUGUGAAUUCAAUAGACAUCUACACACAGAGCAAUUCCUUCCUAACCUGAAUUCCACUGUCCUUGGUGAAAACUACUUUGAUAGAACCUACCAGAUGCUUUACCUUUUGGUUAAAGGAACCAUGCCUGUUGAAAUCCAUACCACCGCGGUCAUAUUUGUUUCUUUCCAAAUACCUGCUGUAACAGAAGAGGACUUUUAUAGCUCUCAUAAUCUAGUUAGGAAUCUUGCCUUGUUCCUAAAGAUACCAAGGGACAAAAUCCGUAUCAGCAAAGUAAUAGGAGGGGACAGUGUGCGCAAGAAGAGAUCCAUGGGACUCACGGUUCAACUGGAGAUCGGAGAUCCGCCCCCUCAGUUCAUAACCAAUGACACCGCAGGUCAGAUGCAAUUAUCUGAACUCCAAGAAGUUGCUGCUUCUCUCGGACAAGCUGUAAUUUUAGGAAAAACCAGUAGUACCCUUGGAUUUAAUGUCUCUUCCAUGUCGAUUAUCAAUCCCAUUCCUAGCUCAAGUGAUUCUGAAUGGAUUAAGGUGACUGCCCAACCAGUGGAAAGGUUUGCAUUUCUUGUUCAUCAUGUGGCCGUUGUGUCCUCGCUCUCAGUGAUCAGUCAACCAGUGGCAGCGCAGCUGGGACAGCCUCUUUCUCAGCAGCCAUCAGUAAAGGCAGUAGAUCCUGACGGUAAUUGUGUAUCAGUUGGGAUUACUUCAUUGACUUUGAAGGCCAUACUAAAGGAUUCCAACAAUAACCAAAUCAGUGGUCUUGGUGGAAAUACAACAAUUCCAUUUAGCAGCUGUUGGGCCAACUACACGGACCUUACUCUUCUUAGAACAGGGAAAAAUUAUAAGAUUGAAUUUAUUCUGGAUAAUGUUGCUCGGGUGGAAUCCAGGGCUUUCAGCCUCCUGGCGCAGUCUGUCUCCAGCGGAGGCAGCAGUGGCGGGGGAGGCAGUGGCAUCAGCAGUGGCAGCAGCAGCGGCAGCAGUGGCAGCAGCAGCAGCAGCAGCAGCAGUGGCAGCAGCAGAGCAUCCACUGUGGGCACCGCUGCUCAGACGAUGACUACAGCGAUUAGCUGUCUGCUGGGAAGAGUGUUGCUCCUGGAAAUAUUUAUGGCUGCAGUUUUGACUUUGAACAUAAAUCUAGGUAAGCACAGUUGGUUUUUUAUGUCAUGAACGUCUCCACAUACUGAGCUACCAGUAAAUGGUUACUUAAUAGAGACAGCGCACCACACGUGUGCAUGGUAUCACUGUGGGCUCGAAGACAUGGUCUCAGCCAGUGAGAAAGUAGUAACCUCCAGGAAAUGUUACUCACUUUACGCGGUGGCAUAGAGGAAUGUGCGGAAUGUGAAGUGCAGGUAAUGUCAGGACUCGUUUUCGGUUACGAGGGGGCAGGAGCUUAGUUCGAAUUGGCUUGGGCAGUAAUGUGAACUCACUUAACUGAGAAGUCCAGAAGUAGUCUAAUUUCUGCCUCCGGUAGACCCAAGGACUCAAAUGAUGUCUUCCAGAAGCUGUCUCUCUCCCAUCUCUUGGCUUCAUUCACUUUGGUAGUAGAUCCACUCCUAGGUAGGCUCUCCACCAACACCACCAUCCCUCCUGGCAAAGUAACACUAGCAUCUUCAUGUUUACAUUCUACUGGCCCAGCAGCUAAUGCAGAAAGAAUACAACUCUCUCCCUAGCUUCUUACUAUCCUACCUCAAUGAGUAAAUGAUAUUGUUCCUGGCAUUUUUUUAAGGAUUUUUUUUCCAGAUAAAAAUGUUAAUCAACAGCUUCUUCUUUGCUACUAAAUAAUCUAUCAUUCUUCAAUUAAGACAUAAGAUGAUUUAAAACCCCUUGGUCUUGGUCCAUUCAAGGUGCUAUAGCAAAAUACCACAGCCUGGAUGGCUUAUCAACAGCAGAAAUUUCUCUCUCACAAUUUGGAAGGCUGGAAGUCUGUUCUGGCUGUAUCCUUACCUGGCAGAAGGGGUGAGGGAGUUCCAUGGUAUCUCUUUUAUUAGGGUACUAAACUC